CUCUCGCCCUGUCCAAUGACCCGGUAGCAUCACUCGACUUCUCUCCUCCUUGUCACUACCUCCGCCACUACCUCCGAUGCCCAUUCCUAUAGUUGAACACCCUCAGUACUGUUCGUGACUCAACCAAACUUGUCCCGCACCCAGACGGUGGAGGAAAUGGAGGCCCAGGUUGAAAAUGCUAUCCAAAUCGCCUCGAACCCCACGUCGAGCCAGCAGCUGCGCGGCCAGGCCAUAGAAUACCUGAACCAGCUGCGGACCGAAGGCUCGGCAUGGCAAGCAGCCCUCAGCCUCUUCACGCGUGACCCUCGACCCUCCGACUUCGUUCGCCAUACAUCCCUCGACCUCGUAAACAAUGCCGUCCAAGAGCACCGGCUGGACGAACAGAGCCUCGCCUACAUCAAGGAGACACUCAUGGGUCACAUACGGCAGUCGUAUGCGCCAGGCAGUAGCGCUGCAGACACGAACCACAUACAGAAUAAGCUGAUGCAGACCAUCACAUACAUCUUUGUAGCAUUAUACCCCUCUUCGUGGCAAUCCUUCUUCGACGAUUUCCGCGCCUUGGCCGGCGACCAGGCAACCAUCGGCAGCGUCAACACCGCUACCACAAUUCUAUACCUGCGUAUGCUCGGUCAAGUACACGACGAGAUCGCCGAUCAGUUGGUUGCUAGGCCAGAGGAUGAAAAGAAGCGCAAUACCGAGCUGAAAGACCUUAUUCGACAACGAGAUGCCCAGAAGAUCUCAAUAUCAUGGCAAGAGAUUCUAGGCAAGUGGAGGGAGUCAGAUCUGGGCCUCGUGGAGAUGUGUCUGAAAACUAUCGGACGUUGGGUUAGCUGGACCGACAUCAAUUUGAUUGUGAACCAAGCCAUGAUCCAAACCUUCCUUGAAAUGGCCGGCCAACAAGGUAUAGCUGACCCUGAGAGUCCGGCGGGAAGAGUUCGGGAUGCAGCAAUUGACACUUUCUCUGAGAUUGUGGGCAAAAAGAUGACUCCCGCAGACAAGGUCGAGCUAAUUCUGUUCCUGAACCUUUCGGAAGUUGUUGGCCAGCUCAUCAACAGCCCGGCAUUGGCAGAGUUCAACAGUCCAAAUUACGAUAACGAUCUCGCGGAGACAGUAGCAAAACUCGUCAACAACAUUGUCUUUGAUAUCGUCAAGAUCUUAGAGAAUGACUCAGUUGACGAGCAAACCCGCCAGCGUGCUGAUGACCUCAUCCGCAUCUUCACUCCGUAUCUGUUACGUUUCUUCGCCGACCAAUACGACGAAGUCUGUUCCACCGUGAUCCCGUCCCUUACCGACCUCCUCACAUUCCUUCGCAAGCUGCAAAAGAAAUCAGGGACGGUACCACCUCAAUACGCCGCCGUACUGCCACCAGUUUUGGACGCUAUAAUCGCAAAGAUGAAGUACGAUGAGACGGCAUCCUGGGGUGAGGAGGGCGAUCAGACGGAUGAAGCAGAAUUUCAAGAUCUUCGACGAAGGCUCCAUGUACUGCAACAAACAGUGACCACGAUCGAUGAACCAUACUAUAUCGAAACCCUUAGCCGCCUGGUCAAUGGCACGUUCGGCCGCUUGUCACAAGGCGAUCAAACGUUGAACUGGCGCGAUCUCGAACUAGCUCUACACGAGAUGUAUUUGUUUGGAGAGCUGGCGAUUCGUAACCAGGGACUUUUCGCGAAGCGUGAGCCUUCUUCUGUCGCUGCUCAGCACCUUGUGGGUAUGAUGAACAGCAUGAUCGAGUCUGGUCUUGCAAAUUACCCACACCCUGCUGUUCAGCUCCAGUACAUGGAGAUCUGCGUCCGCUACUAUCAGUUCUUUGAACAAAAUCCUCAUCUGAUUCCCAAGGUUUUGGAGAACUUUGUCCAGCUUACCCACAACAACCACAUCAAAGUCCGCUCGCGAUCAUGGUACCUCUUCCAGCGCCUAGUAAAGCACCUGCGAGCUCAGCUUGGAAAUGUCUCGUACAAUAUUAUCCAGGCGGUUGGUGACUUGCUUACAAUCAAGGCUGAGCUGCCAGAUACUUCCGAAGAUGAGAUGUCCUCAGACGAAGAAGAUCAGUCUGCCGAUGCACUCUUCAACUCUCAGCUUUACCUUUUUGAAGCUGUUGGCUGCAUUGCUUCGUCUAACACGGUCUCGGUGGAGAAUAAGAAACUCUACGCACAAACGAUUAUGAGUCCUUUGUUCACUGAUUUGCAGCAGACGCUGCCUCAGGCGAGAAAUGGUGAUGAGCGAGCAAUUCUUCAAAUCCACCACAUCAUUAUGGCACUCGGAACGUUGGCUCGCGGUUAUUCCGACUGGGUCCCUACCAACAACAACAGCGCUGUUCCCCAAAGCGAGGUGGCAGAUGAGUUCAUCAAAGCAUCCGAAGCCAUUCUCGUCGCCCUCGAGUCGCUGAACACUUCUGGUUCAAUCCGUCACGCGGCGCGCUUCGCCUUUUCGCGCAUGGUCGCUGUCCUAGGCUCACGGUUACUUCAGCAGCUGCCUUCUUGGAUCGAAGGACUUCUCUCGUUGAGCUCAUCGAUGGACGAAAUCAGCACUUUCCUAAAAGUCCUUGGUCAGAUCAUUUUCACCUUCAAGGCAGAGAUCGCUGGCAUCUUGGACACGGUCAUGACUCCGGUUCUGCAGAGAAUCUUCACCGCACUGGCGGUGACUCCCUCAGGCACAGAUGACGAGAUUCAACUGGCUGAACUCCGGCGAGAGUAUUUGAACUUCAUUGUUGUUGUUCUCAACCAUGGUCUCGGAUCUGUGCUCGUUAGUAAUACAAACCAAGCAACCUUUGAACCCGUCAUCUCGUCUAUCGAGACCUUUGCUCGCGACACUCACGAUUAUCCGACCGCGCGUCUCGCCAUCUUUGUGCUCAUUCGCAUGAUCUCUGUCUGGAGUGGCCCCGACAAAGUGGGGCCAAACGCAAACACCACACCCACUUCGCCGAUCACCACACAGGCACCGCUGCCGGGCUUCGACAAUUACGUAGUGGAGCGAUUCUCGCCUCUCGCCUGGUCAAUCCCCGCUUCGCCAGGGUUUAACUCCAAAGACGCGCAGGCCAAGCAGGUCCUAUUCGAAGCCGCCAAUCUCCAGACCGAGAUUAUCAAAAAGGUUGGCGAGCCGUACGUCGAGCGCCUAAAGAGUGAUCUCAAUGGUGUGGGAGUUGGUGACGAUGGUGUAGACCAAUACCUUCGCACGCUAGCCGGCGCGUUUGAAGGACCAAAGAAAGAGAAGGAGUGGAGAAACUUCUUUACUCAAUUUGUCGAGCGCAUGCUGUCCAGCAGGGCAUAGGAGGCCUUAAGACUAGCUCAGGUUCGGCGAGGAGAACUGAUCUUAGGGUUUGCUAAUGGUAUGGCGAAAUGUUUUCUGCAUGGGAGGCCGGCAUCAUAUGCAUCGUAGCGGGCGCCAAAAGGAUGGUAGCAUUUGGCAUGUUUUCGAGAUAACCCCCCAUAGCACUAGCUCAGUUUCUAGCUAGAAUGCAACAAGAUAAUUUUCAAUCCCAAUCAUCAACACAGGAUGUUGUAUGUUUCAGAAGGUUCGUUUUCUGGAAAAUUCAACAUAGUCCUCUGAGUCAUUCCCAC